CAACACGCCCCCUCGAGAUGCCUCAGGUCUGCGGAUGCUAACCUCCUGCAAGUAUCGAGGACCAAGUGCCGAAUCUGGGGUGAUAGGGGUUUUCGGUUGCCGCCCCCUCCCUGUGGAACUCAUUACCACACUAUAUUAAAAAGCCCCCACACUGUCAGCAUUUAAAAGGCCCCUCAAAUUCCACCUCUUAAGCCAUACCUUCCGCAACUAACCCCCCACACCCCAUGUUUUUUUAAAUGAUUUUCUUUUGUUUUAAGCAUAUUUGAGAGCUUUGAAAAGCGCUAUAUAAAUGUGAUGUAUUUUAUUAUUAUUAUUAUUAUUAUUAUAGCCUAUGCUAUUGGAGAAAGUAUCUACUUAGAAAACACGGUUUACACCAAGCUGCCACAAGUCGCACCGCAGCAAGUGCCAGAAUGUCUGGUGAAACAUUUAACAUUUCAGCAUUUUUUCAUUUCAGCUCCGAGGUUGCAAAUGUGUUUCCUUAAAUGUAUUUAGAUUGAAUAUGUAGCUUAUCGCAUGUUCCCCAUGUUUAGAUUUUUUACAUUGUAGUCUGAAAUCGAUCUUAAUAAAAAAUAACGUUGGAACGUUGGAUGUCAUGAAAUCUGAGGGAGCAAACCGAUUAGAAGGGAUGUGUUAGGGCAUUUUCAAACAGCCCCGACAAGCUACAAUUAUGUUUCAACGAAUGUAUUUGUAUGGAACAACAAGAAGCACUACAGAUUAGUCCUUGUAAAACCCACAGCGAUAUUGUCAUCUUCUUACAUUGUAAUGUCGUCUGACGCAUUCCGUUCCAAGGGAUUGCUCGACAAUGCUGUUGGUCGGCUUUACCUUUCAUCAAUUAACUUCAGCCUGGCUCUGCCCACUUAGUACUUUUGAUCACACCUGUCGCUUGAUCAACAAUGCGCAUGCGCCCACGUUUCCGCCAGCCGUUAUCGUCCUCAAAAUGGGGCCCUAUGUGCAUACAAAGUGGUGGGAGAGUAGUGUCCUCAGCUUCUUUUUGAAUAUGAGUGAUGCUGCCGAGUGCGUUGAGCUGAGCUGGGCUUUGCUCUGGACUUUUUGGGACCACCAGAUGCUGUUCAUUGGGACUGUGACCUGGGUGAGGGAGCUGUAGAGAGUGCUGUCAUGUUGACUACCCUGUGGGUGAGCAUGAGAGUUUUGAAUGUAAUAUGGGCAGCCACAGGAAAGCAAGUUGAGAGAAAUGUGCCAUCCAUACGCAAAUACAUCCAGUUUUGAAUUUAGGUCAUCAGAUAGUUUCACAGUGAAUUACACUUUGUGGUGUACCAUGGCUCAAUACUUAAUGUUCUCUUUUGCUGUCCCGCAAAACACAUGUUGUCAUUGGGCUGUCUACAAAACACGGAGAGAAAUGACAGUUUACACAGGCCACAUAGAAAAUAUGCUCAGGGACGUGUAAACACAUGUUUAUUUAAUUGUGUAUGCAGUCAGACAUAAUUUACACUCAAGGCCACCAUCAUCUCCAAUUUGCUUAUGUGCCGGGACUCCUGGGGGAGGCCCAACGGCACCACCACAUGCGUCGCCACCAUCAUGCCCAGCAGAGACAUAAUUGUCAGCACUGACACCCUGCUGAUGAAGCAUUGCCAGUGGAGGUCUUCAAGAAUCCACCCAGGGCCCGUGGCACAUCUCGCCAGGACCGCCAGGACACUCAAAUAAAAGGAAGAGGCAUAUGAAAACAUAGAAACUGUACCUGACAUCUGGAGAUGAGAGACAGAGAGCCUCGACAAGGAUUAUCUCCCAGAAAUGUCAGAUCCUUCUAAUGCCCCAUCCCAGCUGCACCCUGAGGCCCCUCCCCUGCCCAAUUCCUACAAUGAAGAGAGCGAGGAAGAGAAACCGGAGGCGGAGCUUCGCUUCCGCUCAGCUCCCGGAGUCGGAUUCGUAUUGGCUUGGAUACUGGUGCUGGUCGGAGUGUGUGUGGCUGCAGCAGGGUACUGGCCUCCUCGUGAAAAGCCUCAAUUUCCACCAAGGCCCCUGAAGCUGAUUGGACCAAUCAUCCUGGCUCUGGGGCUCUUCAUCUUAAUCUGUACCAGCACUCUCCUGUACGAGAAUCGUGACCGCCGGCGCGAACAGGACGAUGGCAGUGAAAAUGAUGGGAAGAAAACACACUGUGGCAAAAGGAAGCCUCCCAGCGACUGUGGGGAGUGCCCUGAUCAGGUGUCCGCGUACCUCCCACCAAACAUGGCCACACACAUUCUCACUGAAUCUGAACUGAACAUCCACUGUGUGACGGAAACAUGCGGGCCGCAGGUGAAUGGGAGACAGGACUCUCCAGACCCUUUACCUGGGCCCUCGCAUCAGAACUUAAGUUGUGAGAGGCCCCUCCCACAGCUGACCCCACCAAUCAUAAAACUGAACAACCAGGUGAUUGAUCCUGAUCCCCUAGAGCCCCCGCCCCUUCCUCAGCGCACCUAUAAACUGAUGACCCGCCCCUUCCUCAGCGCACCUAUAAACUAAUGAAAGGAAGGGCUGAGUCCAACAGGGAAGACCAAGGUGUACACUGAAUUUUAAAUAAGAAUA